AUGUCUUCAUCACCAGACUUCAAGGGAUGGGUCGCUCACGACCCCUCUGCCGCAGACGGAAACAUGCAAUGGGGUGACUACACCCCCAAGAACUUCGAGUCCACCGACAUCGAGAUGGAGAUCAGUCACUGCGGUGUCUGCGGCUCUGACAUUCACACUCUCCGCUCCGGCUGGGGCCCCUCGGACUACCCUCUUGUCGUCGGUCACGAGAUCAUUGGAAAGAUCACCCGUGUAGGAGACGAUGUCAAGGACCUCAAGGUCGGUGACCGCGUUGGUGUUGGUGCUCAGAGCGACUGCUGCGAGAGCUGCAGGCCCUGCAAGACUAAGCAGGAGAGCAACUGCAACAACUUCGUCAUGACCUACAAUGGCAAGUACAAGUCUGGCGACAAGGCCAUGGGUGGUUACGCAAAGAAUUGGCGUGGACCUGCUUCUUUCGCCAUUCCCAUUCCCGAGGGUCUGCCUUCAGAGUACGCCGCUCCUCUCAUGUGCGGUGGUGUCACCGUCUACAACCCCCUCGUCUCCUACGGUGCCGGCCCAGGAAAGCGCGUCGGUGUUGUCGGUAUUGGUGGUCUCGGUCACUUCGCCCUCCUUUUUGCGAAGGCUCUCGGAUGCGACGAGGUCGUUGCCAUCUCCCGUUCUUCCAGCAAGAAGGCCGAUGCUAUGGAGCUCGGCGCUGACAAGUUUAUCGCCACUGGAGAGGACCCCGAAUGGAUGACCAAGAACGCCGCCGGCCUGGACAUCAUCAUCUCCACCAUCUCUGGUGGUUUCCCUCUGGACCAGUACCUUAACCUCCUUGACGUCAACGGCACUUUCGUUCAGCUCGGUGCUCCUGACGACCCAUUGCCCUCUUUCUCCCCCAUGGGCCUGAUCUUCAAGAACUUGAAGAUCGCUGGUAGCUUGAUCGGCACCAGGCAACACAUCCGCGACAUGUUGGAGUUGGCCAAGAAGACCAACCUGAAGGCUUGGGUCCAAGUCAGGCCCAUGUCCGAGGCCAACGACGUCAUUGUCGACUUUGAGAAGGGCCUUCCCAGGUACCGUUACGUGCUCAAGAACUAG